AAAGAAAACGCGAGGAAUGCCAAAUGUCAUUUAGCGUCCGCAUGCGGUGCGAGUCAUGUAACUGUGUGGUUUGCUUUUAGUUUUAACUCUCCCACUCCUCACUUUCCUUCCGAAACCACUAUUCAAUCCAAUCAUCCAUGGCGGCCGCCGUAGCGCUUUGCCCAGCUCCUGUAAAAGCUCACAAACCUCCCUAUUCUGCACUUGCCUCUAGACAUUUCUUCUCUACAAGUUUAAUCGUCAAGUACCAGAAAGUGCAGAAAUGGAACCGUUUCGAGUUCCAGAGGCUGCAGGUCUCUUCUGCUGCUGUUAAUGAUAAUGCAGUGACUGUAACCGACUCUUCUCGGCCCUCCAUUCGUUCUACGGUGAUGCGACAUACUAUAUCUGUCUUUGUUGGUGAUGAAAGUGGAAUCAUAAACCGAAUCGCCGGUGUCUUUGCUAGAAGAGGUUACAACAUCGAGUCCCUUGCUGUUGGAUUGAACAAGGAUAAGGCUCUCUUUACCAUUGUUGUUACUGGAACGGAGAAUGUCUUGAGACAAGUUGUGGAGCAGCUAAACAAACUUGUCAAUGUUAUUAAGGUAGAAGAUAUCUCAAGACAGCCCCAAGUGGAGCGUGAGUUGGUGCUUAUGAAACUCAAUGCAGAUUCAAGUACUCGUGCUGAGAUAAUGUGGUUAGUAGACAUCUUCAGAGGAAAAAUUGUGGAUAUUUCAGAACAUUCAGUGACUAUUGAGGUGACCGGAGAUCCUGGUAAGCUGGUUGCUGUCGAAAGAAAUUUCAGCAAAUUUGGAAUUAGAGAACUUGCUAGAACUGGAAAGAUAGCUUUGAGAAGGGAGAAAAUGGGAGAGACAGCUCCCUUUUGGAGGUUCUCAGCAGCCUCUUAUCCUGAUCUUGAAGAUUCUAGGCCAGUUGACUCAUUUGUUGGGGAUGCAAUUCAAUCAUUCAAUGGCAAAGUCCCUACAUCAACCGGUGAUGUAUAUCCUGUGGAGCCAUAUGAAAGUUUUCAUUCAGGUCAAGUUCUUGAUGCUCACUGGGGUGUUCUCUAUGAUGAGGAUUCAAGUGGUCAUCAAUCACAUACAUUGUCCAUGCUAGUAAACGACUAUCCUGGUGUUCUCAAUGUUGUUACUGGGAUCAUUUCUAGAAGAGGUUAUAAUAUUCAGAGUCUUGCUGUAGGACAUGCAGAAAGGCAGGGGUUAUCUCGUAUUACAACUGUCAUUCCUGGAACUGAUGAAUCAAUUGGAAAGUUGGUUCAGCAGCUUCAUAAAUUAAUAGAUCUUCAUGAGGUUAGGGAUCUCACUCACUUGCCAUUUGCUGAGAGAGAAUUAAUGUUGAUAAAAAUUGCAGCAAAUGCUGCUGCCCGAAGGGAUGUCCUUGAUAUUGCUGACAUCUUCCGUGCAAAAGCUGUUGAUGUAUCUGGUCAUACAAUUACUCUUCAGCUCACUGGCGAUUUAAACAAGAUGGUUGCAUUGCAGCGGUUGCUGGAGCCAUUCGGGAUAUGUGAGGUGGCAAGGACAGGAAGGGUGGCAUUGGAAAGAGAAUCAGGUGUGGACUCGGCAUAUCUUCGGGGCUAUCCCCUUCCAAUCUAAGUCCCAGUUAAAUUGAUGAAGUAGAAUGGGAGGACGGUAAGCAAAAUGAUGGAGGUUUAGGUCCCGCCUAAUGGACUUGAUUUGAGGUUGGAUUGUAAAUGAAGCUGGUGGAUGCACUAACUCAGAUUUCAAACAUCGUAGAUGAUGGUUUCUACUCUGUAGCAGUAUUGUGAAUGGCCACAGCCAUAAGUUUAAGGCAUUUUAAUUGUAUUGUAGUCCCUGUUGGCUUAAGAACAUUUCUUAAUUAGUUUGUUAAAACAAGUGACAAGUAGUGGAAGUACAUUCUUGUUGUACCAAUAAUGGUAUUAUAUUGGCCAGUUUUGUACUAGUUCAAGGGAGAUUCUAAAUUAGUAGUCAAGUAGUUGAACUUUUUUUUUCCUGUAAUGAUAUUCUAAGUGGUAAAAUAUGUUGCUCAUAGAUCUCAA